CUCCCACAACCAAGGAAUAGUGUGCUUUCAUUUUCUGCGCUGCGCAGCAGUUAAAUAAAAUUUAAUACACCAUAAGGCAGCAUAUUAAAGUCGGAGUUGAAGUCCAGUGCAAGUUGCAUUGGCCCACAAAUCAAAGUCGCAGAUUCGUGGGGCGUGCAAUGUUCAGGAUCCAUCUGAAAAUGGGUCCGCAACGCAACCAGCUCCACAGCAACAGCAACAACCAUGGUGCCGCAGGAAGUAGCAGCACCACUGGGAACCGUCACCUGAAGGAAUUCACCUGCUGCUUCGGUUUGCAUGUCCACACGGCCACCUUGAUGAUCGGAUUGUGGCACCUGUUUUUAAACAUCUUGGCAUUAAGCGUUUUGGCUGUCAUAUGGCGCAAUCCCGAAAUGAUGGACGAAUUGGAAGGCGGAACUCACGACUACACCGUGGAUCUGAGUGCACCGGCCCUACCCACGCCACUGAGCAAGGUCGAACCACCGUACGCCUAUCGUGAUCACUCCUUCAACUAUCGUAAGCGUUACCAGAACUUCGACAUGGGCGGCUUGGUAUGCACCUGCAUGAUAGCCAUCACGCUGAUGAUGAUCUAUGGCACCAUCAAGGGAAAACCCUCGCACCUAUUGCCCUUCUUCUGUCUGCAGUUGUUUGAUUUCGCCAUUACCACUCUUACCGCCGCUGGAUAUUUGUGCUACCUGCAGGCCAUCCACAGCAUCAUUGCUGAAUCGCAUCGCUUGCCAUGGCGCGAGAAGCUGCUGGAACUGCCGCCAGAGGAGUUGGUUGUCGUGGUCCUUGUUGUCUUCAUUUGCAUUGUUUUCCUUAAGGCUUACUGCAUUGGUAUCGUAUGGCGCUGCUAUAAGUACUUGACCCUCCGUCAGCAACACGUUCGCACAUUGUUCCCCUUCCUGGAGCCACCAACUGGUGUGCACAGUGUGGGCGGAACUUUUGGUGCCGAGGAGCGGUCCUACUCUACUUUGUUGCCGAACUACGAUGAAGCUAUUGCCCAGUACUUGAAGCAGGCACCACCACCAUCCUACCAGGUGGCCAUGUCUAACUACGAGGAGGGCGAGGACGCUGCAGCUGAAGGGGCAGAGGUUAAUCCCUCUGUGGCUCCGCUCUUUGUGGCCCUUGGAGCAGCCACUACCGCUAACGCAGCUUCCAACACGGAUGACAACAUGGAUAACAACAAUGAUCAACCAAACAAUAACAACACGAUGCAUGUCAACGCCAAUACGCCGCCAAUGCGUCGUAGCGAUGCCGCUGUCAACGCCAAUGUAGAUGAGGAGGAUGAUGACCUGGAGGUGAUCGACGCUGGCGUUGAUGUCAUCGGGGGCAUUCCACCUCCGCCGCCGUACAAUGACGUGGCUGAUGCUCAGGUUCAGGUGCCAUCGCAAUCGCCGAUGCAUCGUCAAUCCAAUAUCCCGGGACAAGUAUUCAGCGGACGCGAUGAGAGCCAGGCCUAAGUUGUAGUUUGGUUUUGUUUGCUUCUCAUGGCGAGUGGGUUGUGAUCAUUGCUGACCACCCCUCUCCACAUCCUCUUCUUGCCCAGAUGAUCUGGUUUCUGGUCUAUCAUCUAACAGCUAUCAUUCCCAGGCACACAUACACGGUCUAUAUGGUUGCUUCAAUGUAUUGAUCAGUGUUUUUAGAGAAACGAAACGCAAACAAGUUUUCGCUUUUAGCCGUCGCUCAUUAUUGUUGUUUAACGUACAAUUAAGAUGCUCUAGUUGCUGCUCAUUUAGUAAAACAAAACAAGCAUUAAAACCAAAAACAUUUUGCGAUGCUGGCAACGAAAAGCUUCAAUUACUUUUCGGUCACAUCUGACCCGAACGUAGCUGCAACAAUCUGUUAGAACGUUUGUUUGAUUUGGCCCGAAUUAGUAAGAGUAUUUCGGAUAGUGUAGGCCCAAGUAGUUGUUACCAGAGUGUAUCGCUGGCAUUGUAGGCACCUUUUACAAUGUUCUUUGUUUUAAGCUAUCUCGUAAGAAUCUACGCAUAUUGAAUACCGAGUACUGAAUUCACAUCGCAGGCAAACAUAAUCCAUUAAUUAUGAUGAUAUUAUCAGCAACAGUAACGUUUUAUGUGUGUACAAUAUCUAAAUGUAUACUGUGUACUAAAUAUGCAGAGAUAUUCGAAUAAAUAUUAGUUUAUAUUUAAAA